AUGGAUCUACCGGCUAUUGAGGGUCUUGCCUGUCUACCUUCCUCGGCACACACACACUAUCACCGGGAAGAUGAAGAUCACCGGGAAAAGUAUAUGGUUGUAGCAAAUGAUAAAGAUAGGGUGGUGUGCGGUGAUCAUGGCCACCAUGUGAUUGGUCUUGACUUGAGCAAAAGCUUUCUUCGUGGCCCUAUUAACUCUACUACCUUUCUCUUCCGCCUUGUUCAUCUUCAAACGCUCAACCUAGCCAAGAAUGACUUUGCUGAAUCUCAAAUCCCAUCUGAAAUCGGGCUUUUAACGCAGUUAAGAAGCCUAAAUCUCUCCGCUUCUGGAUUCAGUGGCCAAAUUCCUCGAGAGAUCUCACAGUUGAUACAACUGUCUUUGUUAGAUUUGUCAAGGAAUACACUAGAGCUUCAAAGUCCUAGUCUUGAGAAUCUAGUGCAAAACUUAACUCGGCUUGAAGAACUCGAUCUCUCAGGGGUUGACAUUAGCUCUUCGGUACCUGAUUUUUUGGGCAAUUUUUCUUCCUUGAGGUUUAUAAAUCUCAGUGAUUGUUGGCUUCAGAAUGAAUUCCCUACAACCAUACUUCAACUGCCAAAGCUUAAAGUUCUUGACUUGGGAAAGAACAUGGACCUCACUGGUUCCUUGCCUGAAUUUCGUAACAACAGCUUACUCGAGCAUUUGAUUCUAUGGAGCACAAGUUUCUCUGGGGAUAUACCAGAAUCCAUCGGUAGCCUAACCCACUUGAUCACACUGGAUCUUUCGUUGUGCUUCUUCUCAGGACCCCUUCCAAGUGAAGUUGCUAACAUGACACAACUCGUUCAAUUGACUAUUGGGUUUAAUGAGUUCACAGGAACCAUUCCUUCAUUGGUAAGCCUUUCGAAACUUGUUGUUUUAGAAUUUUCUAAUAACAAGUUUGAAAAUUGGAGCCAACCCAACUGGAUUGAGAAAUUGACUGAGCUCGAAGAGUUGUAUGGAUCUCGGGGGAACAUAUUCGGUGAAAUCCCCUCCUUUAUUUCAAACCUAACAAAGCUUAGAAUUUUCGAUAUGUCACGUAAUUCUCUUUCUGGUCAUAUCCCAUCAUCGUUUAUGAACUUGACCCAACUAAGGUUCGUAGACCUUGCAAAUAAUCAAUUACAAGGACCAAUUCCAAGCUUAUUUUCCAAUUUCAAAAGUCUCCAAAUUCUCCGCUUGAAUGAUAACAUUUUUAGCGGCAAAGUAUACUUAGACAAGUUCCUAGGACUUCACCAACUCAAAAGUCUAUUUGUAGGUUUUAAUAAGAUAUCAAUUGUGGAUACAAACAACGUAAAUGCCACCCUACUAGAAUUAGAAGAUCUAGGAUUGGCAUCAUGCAACUUAAAGGAAUUUCCCACCUUUUUGAUUUCCCAACGUAAGCUGACAACCUUGUUUCUCGACCACAACAAAAUCGAUGGUCUCGUGCCCGUAUGGAUUUGGAAAAGUAGUCAGGAAACACUAAAGACUAUUGACCUAUCGUACAACUUAAUAACUGGCUUUCAUCGACAUCCUCGUGUUCUUUUAUGGGUUCGUUUGGAAACAUUAAUCCUUUCACAUAACAAGUUACGUGGAUGGGUGCCGGUUCCACCACAGUCGGUUAUCGUUUAUGAUGUAUCGGAUAAUGAUCUGACGGGAGAAGUACCAUCAUUGAUAUGUGAAGUAAGGUCUCUUAGACUGCUAGAUAUGUCUUCUAACAGCAUGACAGGAAGGCUUCCUCCAUGUUUAGGCAACUUAAGCAAUUCCUUGUCGGUUUUGGAUCUCAAACGGAAUAAAUUUCAUGGCUCAAUUAUCAACACCUUUUCGCAUAGAUGUCGGUUAAAGAGGCUUGAUUUGAGUGAAAACCAAUUUCAGGGCCGUGUGCCAAGAUCACUGGCAAACUGUACCCAUUUAGUAGUUCUCUCUCUUGGAGAUAACUCUUUUGAUGAUGUCUUUCGAUCUUGGAUGGGAAGUCUUGUCAAGUUGCAAGUGCUUAUUCUCCGUUCCAACAAGUUCCAUGGGGCGAUGGAGGGCCCGAUAGAUGAUAGUUCACAGUUCCCGAAGAUGCGAAUCAUUGACCUCUCAAACAAUGGUUUUAGUGGUCGAUUGCCCCAUAAGUACUUCCAAAUUUGGAAUGCCAUAAAAUCUGUCUAUGCUGGAAAAUCAUCUGUGAUGCAAAUAGAGAUAGCUGUCACAUUGUUUGUACACCAAAACGAGUGGCCAUACUCGAUGACAUUGGUAAACAAAUGUGUCAAGACCGAGUACCAAUGUAUUCUAGACAUUUUCACAGCGAUCGAUCUAUCUUGCAACAAUUUUAAAGGAAAGAUCCCAGAGUCACUCCACGAUCUUCAAGGGCUUGAAUCACUUAAUCUUUCCAAUAACCAUCUUACGGGACGUGUCUUACCAUCCUUGGAAAACCUAAAGAAUCUUGAAUCGUUGGAUCUUUCGCAAAACGAGCUAUCGGGAGAACUUCCUCAAGAACUGUUGCAACUUGGCUUCCUUGCCAUUUUGAAUGUAUCAUUCAACCAUCUUAAUGGUCGCAUACCUAAAGGAAAACAAUUCAAUACAUUUGAAGACAACUCCUAUGUCGGGAAUCCUGAAUUGUGUGGAAAACCUCUGUCUAAGGUUUGUCGGAAUUCAGUGGCAACAACAUCUCCAUCAACGAGUGCUCACAAUAAGUCUGAGUCCCUCAGCUUCCUACGAGGAAGAGUAGAUUGGAUGGUCACAUUUUUGGGACUUGGAAGUGGAAUGGUGGUUGGAAUUGUUAUUGGGAACAUUUUAUAUACAAGCUUUCUUCGUGGCCCUAUCAACUCUACUACCCUCCUCUUCCGCCUUGUUCAUCUUCAAACGCUCAACCUAGCAGAGAAUGACUUUCUUGAAUCUCAAAUCCCAUCUGAAAUCGGGCGCUUAAAGCAGUUAAGAAGCCUCAAUCUCUCUGCUUCUGGAUUCAGUGGCCAAAUUCCUCGAGAGAUCUCACAGUUGAUACAGCUGUCUUUGUUAGAUUUGUCAAGCAAUACGCUAGAGCUUCAAAGUCCUAGUCUUGAGAAUCUAGUGCAAAACUUAACUCGGCUUGAAGAUCUUGAUCUCUCGGGGGUUGACAUUCGCUCUUCGGUACCUGGUUUUUUGGGCAAUUUUUCUUCCUUGAGGUUUAUAAAUCUCAGUCAUUGUUGGCUUCAGAAUGAAUUCCCUACAACCAUUCUUCAACUGCCAAAGCUUAAAUUUCUUAACUUGGGAAAGAAUAUGGACCUCACUGGUUCCUUGCCUGAAUUUCAUAACAACAGCUUACUCGAGCAUUUGAUUCUAUGGAACACAAGUUUCUCUGGGGAUAUACCAGAAUCCAUCGGUAGCCUAACUCACUUGAUCACACUGGAUCUUUCGAACUGCUUGUUCUCAGGACCCCUUCCAAGUGAAGUUGCUAACAUGACACAACUCGUUCAAUUGACUAUUGGGUUUAAUGAGUUCACAGGAACCAUUCCUUCAUUGGCAAGCAUUUCAAAACUCCAUCUUUUGGAAUUUUCUAAUAACAAGUUUGAAAAUUGGAUCCUACCCAAUUGGAUUGGGAAAUUGACUGAGCUCAAACAGUUAUAUGGAUCUCGAGGGAACAUAUUCGGUGAAAUCCCGUCCUUUCUUUCAAACCUAACAAAGCUUAGAAUAUUCGAUAUGCCAAGUAAUUCUCUUUCUGGUCAUAUCCCGUCAUCGUUUAUGAACAUGACCCAACUAACCUUUCUUCGUGGCCCUAUCAACUCUACUACCCUCCUCUUCCGCCUUGUUCAUCUUCAAACGCUCAACCUAGCCAAGAAUGACUUUGUUGAAUCUCAAAUCCCAUCUGAAAUCGGGCGCUUAAAGCAGUUAAGAAGCUUAAAUCUCUCUGCUUCUGGAUUCAGUGGCCAAAUUCCUCGAGAGAUCUCACAGUUGAUACAACUAUCUUUGUUAGAUUUGUCAAGGAAUAAGCUAGAGCUUCAAAGUCCUAGUCUUGGGAAUCUAAUGCAAAACUUAACUCCGCUUGAAGAACUCGAUCUCUCGGGGGUUGACAUUAGCUCUUCGGUACCUGAUUUUUUGGGCAAUUUUUCUUCCUUUAGGUUUAUAAAUCUCAGUGAUUGUUGGUUUCAGAAUGAAUUCCCUACAACCAUACUUCAACUGCCAAAGCUUAAAGUUCUUGACUUGGGAAAGAACAUGGACCUCACUGGUUCCUUGCCUGAAUUUCGUAACAACAGCUUACUUGAGCAUUUGAUUCUAUGA